GGGCAGCUGAAAUUUCCUGCAGGAAUGAAGAUGGAAAGCCUGUUGACUGGUUUGUUCUUUACAAGUUACCAAAAUCUAUAGAAGAGAGUGCUGGGCUGGGCCUGGAGUACAUGUACAUGGAUUCCCUGACUCAUGCGUGGCAACUCAGUAAAUAUCUCAUCAAUAUGACACAGGGUGUCCUCGGGCAAACACUGAAACAACUGUAUGAAACUUAUGAAUCAAAGAACAGCAGCGUUGCCUAUGCAAUAUAUAAUGAUGAGGUCCCUCAUUCUAAGGCCUUCAACUGGAAAAGAGGACAUACCAAAGGAUUUCUGCUCUUGGACAAAUCACAAGGCUUCUGGGGAAUUCACAGUGUGCCUCUGUUCCCUCCCUUUCUGGAGGACGGUUAUGGUUAUCCAGCUAGUGGGAAGACAUUUGGACAGACAGCCAUCUGUGUAACCUUCAAGUUUGACCAGUUUACAGAAAUAGACCAACAGUUGCUGAGUUAUAAUCCAAGCAUCUACAACUGUGCCAUCCCUGACAUCUUCCAAGAUCAGCUCCCAAAUCUGCAAAAGCUCUGUGCAAGGUCUAGGUUGCCCUCAGUCCCCCAGCGUCGCCUCUCCAAACUCCAGUCAGCUCAUGGGGAAACAUUUCUUCACUUUGCUAAGUCACACUUGUUUGUGGAUGAUAUCUAUGCAGCAUGGGUAGCUCAAGAACUGAAAACACAUUUGCUGGUUGAAUCCUGGCAGCAUUCGGGUCACAGUCUUCCCUCAAACUGCUCUCUCCAGUACCACGUCUACAACAUACACACAAUAGAGACACCACUGAAUUCAACGUUUGGUUCCAUUAAUGAUCAUUCCAAGUGGUGUGUUUCCAGGAGCCCUGAAGAUCAGUGGACCUGCAUUGGAGACCUUAACCGUGCGGCUGAACAAGCCUGGAGAAGUGGUGGGUUCAUUUGUACGCAGAACCAGUACAUUUACAAAGCUUUCAGGAACUUGGUAGUCCGCUAUGAAAGUUGUGGUAAUUCUUCCAUAUUGAUAUGAAUGAGCCAUUC